AUGUCCACCAAACGAAAACCCCUCAUGCAACUUAAACCUGAGCUCGCCUUCGUUAUUCGAACGAAAAUCCUUCAGACCGACUUCGAGAAUGCCACUCUUACAACCAAACGCAGUGCAUCGAACACCGCAAAAUGCACCUUCCUUGACAAGCUCCCUUCAGAGAUUCGGCUUCACAUUUACGAACUCUUACUUGUGAAUCCGAUAGUCGGAACCAGGAAUUCUGUUGGCUAUUAUAGCAGCCUUGAACCAUCGCCUAAUAUUCUCGGUGCAUGUAGACAGAUCUACAAUGAAGCGGCGCCCGUAUUAUACGGGAAGAAUACAUUUUUUAUCCAAUGUUCAAGGGAGACGUUGGAGUUUGACAAGGAACGAUGCGGCUGCGAAGUCAAACAGUGCCAAUCAUGCAAUGAAUCUCGCCCCUGUCAAUACUAUGCAGACUUCUGGAAUUCAUACAACCACGUUCCUUUCGAGCCAUCUCUUACAAGAUACUGGGACAAUACUGAAGAUAGGAACUGGUUUAUGACGCUCGAUAAAGUGCCAUCCUUCAAUCUUGUGCAACACUGGAAGGUUGUCAUCAGCCCUCUGGACGUUUUCCCCCACGGCAUUCGUUGCAAGUGGAGCUUGAGCCCGCUCUGCUGUGCCAUUGCUCAAGCUUCACCGAAAUCAAUUGAGAUUGCCAUUGUGUCUUUGCGUAGGAGACUAAGCUGGGGAUUACAGAAUAGAAUUUUUGAGGAGUGCCUGGAGCCUCUACGAGCCUUGCGGAAAGUAGGGAGCAUCUCCUUUACAGUUGCCCAAGAAAAAGAUCUAAUAUUCGUCUCACAAGGUGAGAUUAGGGACAAUGACCCUAAUUACACGCCAAAAGCUUCACUUCUGGAAGAACUGCGCGGUUUGGUGACUAGCGACUGUGAGAGAGAAUUUCUUAGGCCCAUGUACGAACGGUUGCUUCGAUAUGCUCAGUCCUAUGAAAGAUUUCAACCUUUCAGAUUGAUGAUGGAGCUGUCGAGUCGACACACAAGGAUUGCUGACGAAUUUGGGUCGGAGUUUGACAAGUAUCACUUGAUUGCGGAACAAACUCCAUAUCCUUACAAAGAGCACCCUGUCGAACUUGGCUUGUUUGACGCCAAAGCAACCAUCCUGAAAAAUGAUGGGGCGCAUUUCAGGUUCUUUCGGAAUACAGUUCUGGAAUACCUGGAACAUCAACAUGAGAAGAUAAUGUUGACUCGAGAGAAUAUCAUCCAUUUCAUCAAGAAGGGAAAAGUUGCAAGUGGCAUCUUUGAUCUCGCCCUAGCUCAGCGGGACUCGAAACUUGCCACAUCGGACAUACCCGAAUAUGAAACAAACCAAGGCCUUCUGCUGCUGGAGGACUAUGCUGAGGCUUUCAUUCGCGAGUUGCCGUUCGACAAUCGAGCUAUCUUCAACCGACAUAAAGCUAAGCUCAAAAAAGUCUACCAUUCGAGGGAGAGAGAAGAACUCAUCUCACAGCUAUAUGGUGCUGCUGAUGAUGGUAACCUCCCUGACUUUAUGAUUUUGUUCAAGAGUGCCUUCGACGAUCUCGAAAAGCAGUAUAUGGAGAUACAGACGGCGAGACAAUUGCUCUUCACAGCAGAUAUCUUUAGAGACAGGGGACUUGAAGAGGGUCUCGAUAUCGAAGAAUUUACUUGCGAGGAUGGUAUUGACUGGGCUAUCGACACUAGCGUCCUCCCUUUUUAUGCAACAAUACCCAAUUCUAGUGGUAGUUUCGAAUGCGGCGGGCUGUAA